CCACUCCCUCUUUACUUCCCAAAGAAAGGUUUCCGGCCGAGUUAACGAACCAGACUCGCAAAUCCCCCAAAUAUUCCUAUUUUCUCCUUUUUUUAUAUUUACACCCACAAAUAUUAAAAAACACCCCCUUUUCUUCACAUAUACUGCUACAACUCACCCUAAUAUCUAUUUUUCCCUUUUAAUCUAUUUAUCUAUUUUCUUUUUUAUCUAUUUUAUUUUAUUUUAUUUUUAUUUUGAAACGAUUCCAGGCCGAGAGAAACCCCCGCUAAAAUCCCAUGGCCUUUCACGUCGCUUGCCCAAUCACAUGUCGACGAAUCUGUUCUUGUACGCUAGGGUUUCCAGGGAAGCUUCAGAGCGAGAGAGGGAGGAGGGAUUUCUUGGAGGAGAUUUCUAGGGUUGAGGAGUUCUUGAAGGAUCCGUGGUCGGUUAGGGCUGGAGGGAGGAGCACCGUGCAGGUCGUUGUCCCUCGGAUCACGGUUCCUGCGGCGGGGGUCGUUGGGGUGGAUGGAUUCGGAGGUGGAGAUGGCGUGGAUGGGGAUGAGAUUCUGUCAGCGCAGACGAAACGGGCCGCGAUGCAGAGGAGGGCAGUCGCGGCGUCGAUGGCGGCGGAGGAUUAUGCACGGAGGUUUGAGAAUGGUAGUUUGGUGGAUGUCGCUGGAGAAGCAGUCCAGGACCUUGCUGGAGAAGAUCAUGGUUCUUCCACGGUCAAUAUCAUGUGUCGGAUAUGCUUUUCUGGAGAAAAUGAGGGGAGUGCUAGAGCAAUGAGGAUGCUCUCAUGCAAAGUUUGCAACAAGAAGUAUCAUCGGAACUGCUUGAAAAGUUGGGCUCAAUUUAGAGACUUAUUUCAUUGGAGUUCUUGGGCUUGUCCCUCUUGCCGUAUUUGCGAGGUAUGCCGUAGAGUUGGAGAUCCAAAUAAGCUCAUGUUCUGUAAAAGGUGUGAUGGUGCUUAUCAUUGCUAUUGCCAACAGCCUCCACACAAGAAUGUUUCUGCUGGGCCUUUUUUGUGCUCAAAACAUACAAGGUGUCACAGCUGUGGAUCCGCUGUCCCUGGAAGUGGCCUUAGUACAAGGUGGUUUUUGGGGUAUACUUUCUGUGAUGCUUGUGGGAGAUUGUUUGUGAAGGGUAAUUACUGUCCUGUUUGUUUGAAGGUUUACAGAGAUUCAGAAUCAACACCAAUGGUUUGUUGUGAUGCUUGCCAACGUUGGGUGCACUGCCAUUGUGAUGGCAUCAGUGAUGAGAAGUAUCUGCAGUUCCAAGCAGACAGAAAUCUAUAUUACAAAUGUGCUGCAUGCCGUGGAGAGUGUUACCAGGUGAAGGAUGUUGAUGAUGCUGUUCAAGAGCUCUGGAGGAGGAGAGAUAAAGCCGAUCGUGAUCAAAUUGCGAGCUUGAGGGCCACUGCAGGAUUGCCAACUAAGGAAGAAAUAUUUUCCAUUUGUCCUUAUUCGGAUGAUGAAGAGAAUGGCCCAAUUAUUGUAAAGAAUGAUUAUGGGAGGUCCCUGAAGUUAUCUUUGAAAGGCUUAGUUGAGAAAGGAACAAAGAAUACCAAGGAAUAUGGGAAGAAAUAUGCAAAGGGUACAUCAUUAAGCAAGAAAUAUGUAAAGAAGAAAAAAUAUCAUGUGUCGCUCAUUGGUAAAACAGGAGAACCGCAACAAAAUUUUGAAGGAUUACUUGAAACAAGAUCAUUAGAAAGCAGCCUGGGAGAUGAAAGGACAUAUAGAUCUGAAGGGCCAGAAGUUGUUUUGCCUCCUACUACCAGAAGUCCAGGCAUUAACAAGGUGAAAUCAUCAUUUAGUCAGUCAGGAAAUACAAACCAUAACUUCAUUGAGGUGGCUGGGGACAAUGUAAAUAGGGCCCCCAAGGUUAUCCAAAUUAAGAGUAGUAAAUCUCAUGGUCUGGAUCUUGGGGAAGGUACUGGGAAACAUGCAAGCAAGACAGAGACUGUCAAAGGAAAGAAACUAGUCAUACAUCUAGCUUCAAGAAACAGGAAUAUAACUAACUCUCCAAGAUCUGAAGCGUCAAGCUGUCAGAGAGAGCAAGAUUUAGCAGCCUCCAAUGGCAGUGGAGAAACUAGCCAGCAAAUGGCAAAUGAUAAGAAGUAUAUGCCUGAGGUUCCUGGUGGAAUGGCCAGGCUUGAUGAUGGAAAAGGAGAUAAAGUUGAUAGUGGCAAUGAGCUAAGAAGUAAAAAGCAUAGUGGAAAGGUAAGUAGCACAAUAAAGUUGGGAAAAGUUAAGUUGGAGGUUUCUCAGUCAAACACCAAAGUCAGUAGAGGAAAUAUCACAGAGGAGUUGGAUUCUGCUUCGGAAAUUACUCCCACUGUUCUGGGAAGAAGGGACGUUCAGGAAAGCUCUACUGCCGUUGAGCCAGUGACUGUAGCUGCAUUGAGAAAUGAUGAGGGUUUGCUGAGGAAGCAUUCAAAAGGUGGAUCUAUUGGUUUACGUGUUGAAAGCCACGACAACAUACUCUUGCCACCAGUUUCUGGUUCAAUUUCAAAAGACCCCAAACCAUUGCUGAAGCUAAAAUUCAAGAACCCCUAUUUUGGAAAUCAAAGUUCUUGGGUUUCUCAGGGUGAGGAAGAGAAGAAUACUGUGAAAGGGCAGAGGUCGAAAAGAAAGAGACCUUCACCUUCGACGGAGAAAGCUCCAGCUAGGGAAGAUGAAAAUGAUGGGCAUUUGCAGCAGGAAAAUCCCAUUAAUGAUGAAGUCAUGGAUGCCAACUGGAUAUUGAAGAAGUUGGGUAAGGAUGCCAUUGGAAAGAGGGUUGAGGUCCAUCAACCAUCUGACAAUUCUUGGCACAAGGGAGUUGUCACCGACAUGAUUGAGGGCACAUCAGCUUUGUCUGUCCAUCUAGACAAUGGGAGAUUGAAGACCUUGGAACUUGGGAAGCAAGGGGUUCGUUUCAUCUCACAGAAACAAAAGCGGACAAAAACAUGACACUGGUCCCAUACGUAUAUAAGGUCUUUCAUUAGUUUUGAGCAAGGGACAGGAAGUUAGAGCCGCAUGCUGCUAUUCUUUGCCAGCCGGCUGCCGAACAUCAUGGUGGUCAUUAAAGAGCGGUUGGCCAAUCCAGGCUUCCCUUUUGUUGUAUAAUAGAGAGCAAGGACCCUGCAAACAAGGCUUCAUCUAUCUGCAGGCAGAGGCUGGCUGCCUUUGGCUUGCCCCGAUUAUUUCAAUGUAACCUCCUUUUUUUUCUUUCCACUUUCAUUCCAUAAUAGUCUCUCUAUUCAUUGCUUCAACCUGCAAGGUUCUUUUGAACUCUUUGAAACUUCUGUAUGGAUGGGAAGGGGUUGAAACCGGAAGCGGCAACCCUAAAGCUCUAAUCAUUGAAAAAGGCCACGAUCCAAGGGCUUCAUGGUUUCAUGUUUGUAUUGAAGUAUGGGGUAAUAUGUGUUUUAUUGCA